AGCACACUGGUCUAUGAAACACUGACAGGUGAGAAAGGGCGACCGAAGGACUAACAACAGCGUUAAUGAAACUUUGUUGCUGAUUUCGUUAUGGGGAUGCCAUACGCCAUGUUAAGAUAAAGACGACUGUGUUUAACAUGCUUAAGCGGUUGGACAAAAUCCGGUUCCGAGGUCAGCGGACAGAUGUGUUUCUGGAUCUGGGCGACUCGCCCAACACUUCUGACACUGAAUGUAGCGAAGAGAUUCUGAUGAAGCCUCGGCCCUCACUUGAAAUGAAAGACACUGAAGAAGUGCAAGACCCUGCUGGUCCAGGGACACUUACUAUGCCUGCUGCAGCCAUCCAGGACUACCAGAGGACUGAGACAGAUCGACUCAACGACUUGAAAGGCCACCUGGAAAUUGCCUUACUGGAAAAGCAUUUUCUACAGGAAGAGUUGAGGAAACUUCGAGAAGAAACCAACAUAGACACUCUGAAACAGGAGUUGGAGAAAGAGAGAUCGAAGAGGCUGGACUUGGAACAGAAACUGAACUUGGAAGUUAUCAAAAUGGGACCGGAAGAUUCCCCAUCACAGCGACCCAGAGAAACACCUCCACCUCCCACUGCCAACGGUACAGACAAGCAGAAGGAGACCAUGUACUCAUGGCUGCAGGCGUGGCUAUACAACCGGUUUGGAGCGUACAUCGGGGACUUCCGUUUCCAGCCGGAGGAGAACACAGUGGAGCCAGAGGAGCCGCUAAGCGCUAAGAGAUUGACUGAAAACAUGAGAAGACUCAAGCGAGGUGCCAAACCUGUCAUAAACUUUAAGAGGAACCUUUUUGCCUUAUCCAGCUGGCAAUCAGUGUAUACGUCAGCCUUCGCCUUCAUUAUCUAUAUGAAUGCAGCGUGGCACGGUUGGGCCAUCCCCAUGUUUAUCUUCCUAGCCAUUCUAAGGUUGUCCUUGAAUUACCUAAUUUCCAGAGGUUGGAGGAUCCAGUGGAGUAUUGUGCCCGGGGUCUCUCAACCUGUGGAACCACCAAAGGAGGAUCUGACUGUUUCAGAGAAGUUCCAGUUAGUUCUUGAUGUAGCUCAAAAAGCACAGAAUCUUUUUGGAAAGAUGGCAGAUGUCUUGGAGAAAAUAAAGAACCUGUUCAUGUGGGUGCAUCCUGAGUUUACUCGGAAGCUUUACGUUGGUCUAUGGGUGGCCUUGAUCUGCUCCUGUCUCAUCCCCUACAAGCUCAUGGGCUUUAUGAUUGGGCUGUAUGCGGGGAUCAAGUUCUUCAUCAUCGACUUCAUGUUUAGGAGCUGUCCCAAGCUAAGGGACAAGUAUGACACGCCCCACAUCAUCUGGACCAACCUGCCCACUGACCCCCAGCUGAAGGAGCGCGGGGGCGCGGCAUUGUCCAGACGGCUCUCUGGGUGUGAAAAGAUCCAUCCGAUGGUAGCUCAUGGCAGUCUAGGAACAGCCUUACCAUGUGGUAUCAGUCUAGAGGAACAGACUGGCAGGGCCUACAAUACUAAGAAGGGGGCUUUCCACGAGGUCUUCAAUCUUUCCGGGGAUGAGCGCCCCCUAGCAGUGUGUGAGAAUGGCUGGCGAUGCUGCUUGAUCAACAGGGACAGGAAGAGUCCCACAGACUACAUCCGUAAUGGUGUGCUCUUUGUCACUGAAAAUUACCUUUGCUUUGAAGGCUCAAGCUGCAGGUCAAAUUCCUCUAGAAAGAACAAAGUCAUCAAACUGAUUGACAUCACUGAUAUUCAGAAGUACAAAGUCUUGUCUGUAUUACCUGGAUCUGGAAUGGGAAUCUCCAUAGCAACACCGUCCACCCAGAAGCCGUUGGUGUUUGGUGCCAUGAUCCACAGGGACGAGGCCUUUGACGCCAUCUUCACACAGUAUACGAAGAAAGUGACCAUGACCACAGCCACCAACCCUGAGACCUAACAUACCAAAAUGGCUGCCUUCACCAGGGAUGUCCUAUACUGACACAGCGAGUUCUCUAUGUAGUACACUGCUACUGGCCAAUUAGUAUAUCUGCACGUAUGUUAAGCUAGUGUCCAUGCCAAGGUGGUGGAUUCCUCCACCAAGCCACAUUAGGUUAGUAUGUGAGGAUGGUAUCCACUUGAUCUGAGGCCUGGUCCAUCACUAUAGAGCCCAAGGUCUUCUUAUCCUCUCGUUGAUAACCACAACUCCUCAUUAGGUCUAACUAAGGAACUACAACUCCUGGACCCGCACACCAUCGCUGCCUCCUACUGGUUCGGUUGAGGCUAUUGCAUCCAGGGAAGUAGCCUAUAGAGCCUAGAGAGCACCCUUGUCUUGAUUUGCUGUUGUUCUGUACUCGGGUAAUAGCUUUUCAAUUCUAUCUCUCUUUUGUUGUCAGUUUUUUUUUUUUUUGUGCACGCGUGCGAGAAUGUGUGCUGCUAAAAAGCGUAUGUGUGUGUGUGUGUGUGUGUGUGGUGGGGGGUGAUCAUUUUAUGGUCAACACUGUUGUGCUGUUUCAGGAGGAGUCUGGAUCUCUUUGCCUAUCUGACAGGACUGCCUGGCACUCCCAUUUUGUUUAUCACACACAUUGAUGCUCUUUGCUCUACUUAAUGCUCUCCUUCAAUAGGAUGUAUUUGGUUUGAUAUACAGUAUAUAUCAUUGGUGGCCUUGCACAGGUCUUAACUCACAUUUUGUAAAGUGCACCAGAAACCACGUUUAUGAAAACCUCAAGCCUUCAUGUUCCCAGAUAAUGAAUGUGCUUUAGAUAUCAUUUCUGCAAUAGCCUUUCGGUGUAACUGUUUUAUUUAGCCUUUUUUCUGAGAGUGGAGGGACGGAACGGGAAUAAUUUAAUGAUGGGCAGCCAAAAGUCAUUGUAGUCAAUAUCUUUCUCACACACAUUGUUGUCUUGGCAAAGAAAAGGUAUGGAUUUACAUGUCCAUGUUAAGGAGUCAUGAAGCAUUCAUAAGCACUGCAUAAACAUUACUCUGAAGCCUCAGAGUAUAAUAUGUGAUUUGUAAUAUGUGACAUUGCACAUAACUAAUUGGAUCAGUAAAAACGAUAACUUAUGUAGGUUUUGUGGAAUGUUUAUGAAUGUACUCUAAGUACUUUAUGGGACAGAUUACAUGUAAAGCAAUUCCCAAAAAAUCUAUCUCCAAAAAAGCAGGAGCCUUUUCUUCACUGCCUUGUUCAACCUCAAUGAAGCCUUAUCUAAUUCUCUCACAGAUUUAGGCCAGGAUUCAAACCAAUGCAGCACUGCACUUUCUACUGAUUCUGACGUGUAACUUCAGGUAAAUUGCCAUUGGAUCACGAAACCACAUGUUCUUAAAAGUCGAGUGCAGUGCAAUGCCAGUUAUUUGUGUUAGUUUGAAUCCCGGACAAAAAUUUUGGCAAUAAAGUUAUCUUUUGGGUUUUGACAGCAAACGGGAAUGGGGUUUAUAUUAAAAUGCUAGUGACCUUGUCAAGUGUAAUGGUUAAGGUGUUGGCUUGAAGGUCGCUGGACCCGGCUUUGAGUCCCGGUCGGGGCUACGCCCUGAAUUCGCUACAUUGGUGUCAGAAGUGGGAUGGUGUCUUUGAGGUCAUCGGAGAGGCGUGUACACCUGAGGGACUUGGUGAAGAGAAAGUAUGGGGGGGGGGGGGGACACUCUCCCGAAGGAAGGGGGUAAUGUAGCUUCAUUAACCUAACACCUAGCGACCUUGUCAAGAUGUUCAGAGCUCUUGGCGUAACGGUUAAGGUGUUGGCUACAAUAUGUUCUAGUUGAGCACAUGCUAGGCAGGCUAACUGGACAUUUGCUUGAUGUCUUUUAGUCCACACCAAGUAACUUAGGUAUCUCACUCUCCAAGCCCCUCGAAAAAGUUAGAUAUACUUAAGAAGCACAGUAUGUACUGUAUGUAUGCCAAAAUGUUUUCUUCAUUUCACUACUUGUCAUUUAGUUCUUUCACCCUAUAUCUGUAAUGUUUACAGAUGUUAGGUUCUAAACUCCACUGCUUUAAGUCAGUUUGAUUCCUUGUAAGACUAUGAGGUCAUGAAGACUGACCGGUACGUCUUGUGAUGGAGAAAUUCUGAAUGCUGAUAAACCUGAGUGGUCACAUCUCAGCCAAUCAAAAACUUCCCCUGGGUUUAGCCACACUCUUUGCCAGUGGAUGGUGAAUUGAAAUGUGUCAAUUCGUGGAGUCAUGUUGCUUCCAAAUCUGUUUGAAUCAGCACUGUCUGAACAAUGUCAAUUUAUGGCAUGGCCGUCAACUUGAAGAUGGAAAGUAAUCAUUAUAGUACCGUGUGUGUCCCAAACCAUCGAAGGUGUUGUAAAAAAAAAUAGCCUCGCUAAUUGAUCAUGCCCUUGUUGAUCGAUCAUCCUUUUCGUCGCUUGCAAAUUCCCAGUAUGAUGGCAAUGGCUUCACCAAGCCCACCAAGUCCAGUUUGUUGUGUUGCAGCCUGAAUUCAAAAUGGACAAAAACAAAACAUUUUCUCUCACCCAUCUACACACAAUACCCCAUAAAUGACAAAGUGAUAACAUGU